UAGUUUUCAGGAGCUAUUUUUGAAUAAUUCUGUUACUGUGUGCAAAUAAUUUACUCUUUCUAGAAAAACUUUUAGGUUUGAAAUGCUAAGUUGAAAGUCUCUUGCUCUUUUAAAAACUCUGGAACCACAGCUGCGUGUGUGAAACAGUCCCGGCAGGCUGUGCGACACAAUAUGUCUCUGUUGAAAUGAAAUUAUUGGAUCUUUGAUGGUUUUUCUCUUGCACCUCCCCAACCAACCAGCGGCAGCAUGCGCUCCUCUCUCAGCCUGGCCCUGGCUAACAGUUAGAGGGAGUUGUGUCCCCCGUGUUGCCCACAGAGGAGCUCUCAUCGUUGGGGGUUUCUUUGUGAUAUUGUCGGACGGUUACCCCGCAGUUUCAAACACUGCUGUUGUUGUGCUUUAUAAAUGAAAUCGGACUGGUUAUAAACACAAAACCCUGUUUGCUCUUUUAGUUUUUGUUGUUUGUACUAUUUCAACUUUCAUGAUUAUAGAUACAUUUAUAUUUGCGGAUCUUUCGAACCAUAUUUUAAGCCCGGAGACGCGUGACAGCCUGCGUGGCUGCCUCCACAGACAACUUUGCUAAAACCUCGUUUUCAGUAUAUAGUUUACAGUUGCCCGGGGAUUAUUAAGAUCGUCUUGUCUUACUGGAAUGCUUCCUCUCACCAACUCCGUCAUCAACAAGUGUCUCACGCACCCCCGGAGCCCUUUCAUUUGCAAAUGCACACGCACAGAAUGAAGCUUUUUGCCAUUCCCAUUGGUUCAUGCCUGACUGCACGAGAAUAGGAGAACUUUGGGAGUGAACAGACAGAUGAGUUCAGUGUGUGAGCUGGCUGUCUGACAACAAGUGGUUUUCCGUAAACUCUUUCACUGCACUGAAACCGCAAAACUUUACUGUGAAAGUGUAUCUCAGUGCUAGUUUAAUGACUGCCUCGAGAGACUUUUAAUUUAAGAAAGGGGGGGCAGGUUGUCCGCUGCAGUCUCACGGGUGUGUCGUGCGUAAGCCCCGGGGAAACGUGUAACUAAACCUGGCCAAAAGUCGCCAGAUUGACGGCGACGAAGGCUCCUGAGUGCUCGAUCGUUUAUUUGUAACUCAACUCUCCUACUUUUCCCAGCAUGUACAGCAUGAUGGAACACGAGCUGAAGCCGACUGGCCAGCCCCCUUCUCAUCAGACCUCCCAGGGAAUGUCACCGGUCACCGGCACCAUGACCGGGAGCAUGGGCAGCAAUGGAAACUCUCACCCGAGCUCUAAAACGGCAUGCGCACCUGGAGCCGACCCCAUGGAUAAAGUCAAGCGGCCCAUGAACGCUUUCAUGGUCUGGUCCAGGGGGCAGAGGCGCAAGAUGGCACAAGAAAACCCGAAAAUGCACAACUCUGAAAUCAGCAAGCGGCUGGGGGCCGAGUGGAAACUUCUGAACGAUGCUGAGAAGCGGCCUUUCAUUGACGAGGCCAAGCGGCUCCGUGCGGUCCAUAUGAAGGAGUACCCUGACUACAAGUACAAGCCACGACGCAAGACAAAGCCUUUACUCAAAAAAGACACUCAGGUAGGCAAGUACCCACUGACAGCGGGAAACCUGCUGGUGGCAGCGGCACAGAGCCAAGGUGGGAGCCCCAGGAUGGAGAGCUAUGGCUGGGGCCCCACCGGAGGAUACGCCGGCAUGCAGGGCGAGGCACUGGGCUACACACAGCAGCUCCACCGGUAUGAGCUGUCAGCUCUCCAGUACCCACCUGCAAUGACGGCGCCGCAGACGUACAUGAACGGGGCCAACUCGUACAGCCCCAUGUCAUACAGCAGCAGUCCACAGCAGCCCAGCCCUGUCACUAUGUCCAUGGUGAAAUCAGAACCGGUGUCCCACUCUCCUCCCACGGGAACACCAAACCACCAUCGGGGGGCUUUGCAGGGUGACCUCAGAGACAUGAUCAGCAUGUACAUUCCUGGACCGGGAGGAGAUGCCAGCGACCCUUCGGCAGCACAGAGGGGCUACACCAGUGUGCAGCAGCACUACCUCACUGGAACUGUUCCUCUCACACACAUCUAGGACUGACGAACGGUUCACGAGCAGCUAGAGAGGAGAUGGAAGCGGGUGUGGAGUACUUCAGAAUGUCAGCAUAAAGAAGUUGUGAAGUUUUGAUGAUGUGUCUGCAGUACGACAAGUAUCCGAAUGUACUCUUUGGUGCCACGACGCAUCCAGGCCACACACGCAGCGCUGAGACUCCACCCACCACCCUGCCACAGACGUCUCUCCCUGAAUGUCUUGAGUGAAGCCGGGGUGUCUGUUGUACAUAACAUGUAAUAUUUUCUAGUGUUUUGUGUAUUAUAGAACUUGUGUUUUAGAACCACCCUAAAUACUUGCGAUACUGGCUUUCAUUACGGUUCCAGCACAGUCAGUGCUGGUUGGACUGGUUCCCGUGGCCACGUCUUCGAAUGGCGACUGUCACUUUCUGCCAUCUGAAAUCAUGUGAUAGCCACAUCACCUGAGCUGCUGGCCAUUCGUUAGUGCUGCUGUGAUGCGUCAGCAGGAAACUCGAGAAUGAAAUGCACAACUUGAAUAACAGAGCUUUUUAAAAUCUAACUCUUUGCCAUGUGGCUUUGGUUUAGUAGCCUUGUGUUAGAUCUGGACUUCUACUCUUCAGUUACAUUUGAAUGAAAUGAAACAAACUUCUGUUGGACAAUCACCACCGUGUCUACGAGGAAAAGGACUGGCUUUGUGCAGUAGUACCUCCUACAUGCAGUAGAAGCAGCAGCCUCAGUCAGAAUCACACUUUCGGCUCUAAGAUCUGACUGUGUUCACUGUGUGCAGGUGUUUUAUUUGCUAUAAUUUAGUUUUAGGACAUUUUCAUGUUUCGAUGCAUCGAUCUGAACUGAGCAUGCUGAAUUUAUAUUCAUGUCCUCUUGCGCUAGGCAGGUGUAGUAUUUCUUUUUCUAUGCUUUUAAAUAAUUGAAAGGAUUUUUAUGUGAACUGCUAGAUUUUCAGUUGGUCUUUCAAAUGUCUCCAUACAAGGACGCUGGAUUGGAAAAAGACCAGAGUUGUUUUUAAAUGAACUGUCAGUUGUAUUUUUAUAACUUUUAAAGAGAAUGGAUGCGUGUUCCUGAUUAAACCUCAGAAAACCUUUAUUCUUGUUUCUAAACUUUUUGCAGUAACAAACGUUGAGAUAAUGCUAAUUUCUUUUUUAAGUUUAGUCCUGGUUGGAUUCAAAGUGUGAUCUUCAAACACAAGCGGGACAUGUCAGUCACGUACUGUGAUAUAAUUCUAGUCAUCAUAGCUGAACCUUGUCCAGCAUUCGGGGUUUAACCUGCCCAGUGUCAUGUGUAAGUUACCGUAGGCAGCAUUUAUGCAAACAGUAUGUAUAUGAAGCUCUUAGACUAAGAGUCUGAUUCCUGUUUGAUGGAAAAGAUUUGUGGCUUUCAUAACAACAUUAAUAAAUUAGGUAUAUGCCAACAUGUUUCAUGAAAAUGAAAUUACAGCAGCUCACUUUGUCUCCAAUCCAAUAACUCACUAAUCCAGCCUUCAUGCUCUCGCCGGCUUCUUAGUUUAUAUUGUAAUCAUUCAUCCGUUUACACAGUGCUGAGCUGGGCUGGAUUAGGUGGGGCUACAAUUAUAUAGUGAAUACAAGUAAUUCUGUAAACGAUUUCCCCUUAAAACUACUCAAGAGAACAAUCAUGAGCCACAUUUACACAGACUGAUGAUUCUGACAUUGUUUUAAUACAAUUUGAUUUUUCACCAUUUUAAUGUCGGCCUAGUAUUUACCUGCUUUGACACUUGAACUUUUAUUGAAUUAUAAUAUUUGCAUUAUGAAUGCAGUAUGAGUGUACCCCACUAUAAGCCUUAAUGGAGGGU